AUGCUACUUAGCCUUGAGUCUCUCCGCACAAAAUUUGGGUGGUCCAGGCACACGCUCCAACGGUUUGCUCCCAUCUGGGACGCCAUCCCCACAGCUGUGCCACCCAACCCUCCACCGGCCCUUCAGCAACAAACACUACCGUGCCCCCCCCGCCCCGCCGGCCAACCACUACCUCUCCCACUGCCACCACCGCUCCGUUCCUCCCUACCAUACCUUGCCCACCCUCUUGGCCGCACCUUCUUUGUCCCUACCCCGGGCUACGAAACCCUACACAUCCCUGUCCACGCCAUGCUAGUCAUCCCUCACCACCUCACCCAUCAGGAUGGACAACCCCCCACCCUCAGCUACCGCAUCGGACAGCGCAAUAAGAUUGCUGUCACCUUCUGGCACGAACUCCGCAAAGACUCCGACAUCUGGUACUCCCCUACACCGCGCGAAGCGCGCGGCCGCCACAGACUGGUAUCCAUUACCGACUGUGCAGUACUUAUCGGCAACCUCCUACCCACCAGCCGAGACCAACGCCACAAGUUUAUUCCCUGGACCGACACGUCAUGGACUGACACACGUACCCAUAUCACCCACAGCGGGAAAAAUAACCGCUCCCUCAUUGCCUCCACCGCGAGAGGCACCACCGACCGGACCCAAAGCCCUACAGGGCGCCAGCCGGCCCAGCAGGCAACGCCGGCCUGUACCGCAUGCCACCGCCUAGCGGACACUACUUUAUGUCCCGACUGUGGCCAAUGA